UCAUAAUCAGCUCAAACUUACAUAAAAAAAAAAAAAUUACUUUUAAACAAUUAACGUUAAUGCACACAAAAGUACCAAAAGAUUGGUAGUGCUGCGUAUCGUAUCGAUUCCCAGGUGCCGAGAAUCGGUACUGUAUCGGUACUUUUUACCUUUUUGUUUUCGCCCUCUUUUUGUGCCCUUAUGUGAAUUAUCCUUUCCAUCCUGUGUAAGCGAGCUACUGCGUGGAACAAUUUCCCUUGUGGAUCAUAAGUAUAAGUCUAAAGUGUCUUUUUGACCUACUGUGUUGUUUGAGGAGGAAGUGGAAGGAUCCAAGAAGGUGUUGAAGACAUCCAAGGCAGAAGGUGCAGGCUUAGAACUCUCAGUAGUAGUGUUGGAGACUCCAUUGGACACUGCUGGACUUGGAGCAUCUACAAGGGAGAAGAAGAUGAAAGUGGACGACACUCCUCGGCUUUAGCGUCGCAGAACGACGCUCCGCCGUGCACCAAAGGUCACGCCGAGCGCCCGCAGCAGCUAAUUAUGGAGGUCCGCAGUCCUGAUGUUUGUGAAGAAUUCUGAGCUGUUCACGUUGACCUAUGGAGCCUUGGUCACACAACUGUGCAAAGACUAUGAGAAUGAUGAGGAGGUCAACAAGCAGCUGGACAAAAUGGGUUACAACAUCGGAGUGCGUCUCAUCGAGGACUUCCUGGCACGCUCCAGCGUCGGCAGGUGUCAGGAUUUCCGAGAAACGGCCGAUGUCAUCGCUAAGGUGGCGUUUAAGACGUACCUGGGCGUCACCCCCAGCGUGACCAACUGGAGCCCGGCAGGAGACGAGUUCUCCCUCAUGCUGGAAAGCAACCCGCUGGUGGACUUUGUGGAGUUGCCGGACAACCACAGCGCUCUGGUCUACUCCAACCUGCUGUGCGGCGUCCUCAGAGGAGCCCUGGAGAUGGUGCAGAUGGCGGUCGAUGUGAGAUUUGUCCAGGACACACUGAGGGGAGACAAUAUGACAGAAAUCCGUAUGAAGUUCAUCAAGAGGAUUGAAGAGAACCUUCCGGCAGGCGACGAGUGACAACCGUCUUGUGUGGAGGGGCACACUUGACUUGGAGGGGUAAUGCACUUUUUGGGGGGAGUUUUGCCUACCGUUCACAAUCAAUAUGAGAGACAAGGACACAUAUUUACCCUAUUUUGAUCAUUUUAAUCAGUGUUGGGUCUAAUUUCUGUUUCCAUAGCAACACACUUCUGGCAACAAAUGUGUGUUCCUACUGUCUGCAACAAACGCGAGUGUGUUUUCUAAUCAUGGCAAACUUCGUAACAGACAAUGAAGACGCCUAUUUUUGGACAAAUGAGGAUUCACAACCGUAUCUUUUCGAAGCUGAAUAUAUUGAGGAUGAACUGUGCCUUCUAGAUGCGAGCACAACGGAAGGGUGAGACGUUGGAGCAGACGGAGUGAGGUAAAAGUGACUUUGGCGCUGUAUAUGUGGAACUUGGAGAAUAGCUAUUUCGACAUAAAUGGACCGGAAAAAACAUCCCCGGCCAGAUGGACCAGACAGACAACUGUCUAUUGAGUGAGUCACACUUUAUAUCAAUCGUGACACACGCAGCACGUCAUGCGUGUUAUUACAACUACAGUAUAUAUGCUAGCUGUGUACAAACAAAACAUUGAAUAAUACUACACAUAUACUGUAAUAUGAUCAUGUUUUUCACUCACUAUCACAUUGUGUUGUGCAUUACAAACUCAAACGUGUUUCGCGCUAACGUAGAAGCUAGCUUAUCACUCUAACAAUAACAAUGUUGCUACAGCUUGGUUAUUAUACAGGUUACGGAACAUAAAAUGAAGUAUUGUUGACUGUUUUUGAAUAUAUUUUAAAAGGGAUUUCGAGGUAGAUUGCUAACAUUAGCUGCAUUGCUAGCCACCGAGAAUAAGUUGAUUUUUACAUCUUAGAAUGCAUAAUGAUUGUGAACGAUAGGCAGAAUCCCCCCCACUAAAGGGAAGUUCCCCUUUAAAAACCAAAUGGACAAACUAGAAGAGGACACACUUGACUCCCAACAUCAUUGUUUGCUCUUUUUCCACUCAUUGAAGUUACAAUUAAAGACAUUUUUCUCCUUUUGUUUACCGUUCACACGGCUGCCGUGAGAAAUGAAUGACGUCUAUGCUAAUAAACGCAGCACAUUUGAUUUGCUA